CAAAGGCUGCUGGGAAAUUUAUCUUUCAGGAAGCACCAUGAGCUGCUAAACAAGUUGACUACACGCCGCAGGUUGACGGGACUAACGGGGCGAACUGAGUUAGCACUGAACUGCAGGCAUCUUCAAUCAUGGAGGACAUAAGCACCGUGAUGUCCUGGUUCUCCAGCCCCGUGUACAGCCGCUACUGGCAGCACUACCAGCAGGCCAUGGCCUGGCACCAGAGACACAGGCGAGCCUACAGAAAGGCCUUGGAGGCCGCCUACGGCCAUGCCUACAGCCAGGAGCAGUGUCCCGGCAGCCACCAGCAGCGCUACGCAGACUGGAACGCAGAAGAGGGCGACAGCGAAGGUGGAGAGGACGGGGACGAGGAGAGCAGCUCGGACAGCGAGAUUGAGUGUGACGUCAGCAACAUGGAGAUCAGCGAGGAGCUUCGGCAGUACUUCGCCCAGACAGAGAAACACAGGGAGGAGCUGAAGAAGCAGCAGCAGAUGGAGGCUGAGCAGCAGGACAGCUACGUGCCGGCCGACCAGGACCUGCGAGGUGUCUCCUGGCGAAGCAGCGCGGCUCCUCCCUCGGAGCGCCCCGGCGAGAGACGGGGGGCCGAGAUGAAGAAGCUGUAUGGCAAAGACGCUGCCAAGAUCCUGGCCAUGGAGGCGGCGAUGCAGCUAAAUUUCGACAGAAAUUGUGACCUCAAACAGCCCAAGUACUGGCCCGUCAUCCCACUGAAACUGUGACGGCUGCGGGCUGUAAACUGUUUGAUUUGGAGGAAAUCCCUGCUCUGAUCUCUCGGUGAGACAGCAGCUUUGUCGUGUAAUGGAUUGUGUCUGUCGACGCUGCUGAUGUAGAACUAAUGGCCUGGGUUAGCUGAGGGUUACAAGUUAUUUUAAGCACAAAAAGUCACAUAAAUUAGCUUCUGCUUAGCCAGACGCGAAUGUCACUGACCUGUCAGCUGCUGCUCUAAAUGAAAACUUAUGAUUUUGAUGCUACACAUAAUGUCGGAGUUUUUUGUGGUUUUACACUUGUGCUAAAUUAUUUUUAACUCAGGAUGAAGCACUACGUUAUAUCCAAGAGACGCACGGUUUGUGUGUUGUCCUCCCACGAUUUCAGGACAAAAACAGAAACAAGAAUACAAACUGGAGUCAGCCGCAGUUCACAUACAGUAAAACAGCUCCUGUAGGUGAUGUAAAUAUAUUCAAACAACAUGUGCCUGCGUGUUUCCUCCUAAUCUGUUUCUGUUUACCCUCUAGCUUGGUGAUGUUACAUGCUGCAGUAGCUCCUCUUAUGCCUGUCAACUUAGUUUAACCACAAAAACAUUUUCAGGCCCCUUUUUUUCCCCUCUGUUCAAAAUUUUGAAGCGUUCCCGCAUGGCUGCUUCUGAUAUUCCACUCUUCAACAUACGCAGAGAGUGAUUUGUUGUUGUUGCUUCUAAACUGUGCCUCUCUGAUUCUGACAUUUCAUCGGCUUCAAAGCCAUUCGUGUGGUUCCUCAGGAGGGACGUUGAGUAUUCUCUUUUAUCUUGUGGUUGCACCACCCAGCCCCCUUUUUUUUUUUUAGACUGAAGGAUGUGUGUUUUAAUAUAAAUUCUGUUUAUAAUAAAGUGUUUUCUGUUUGUAUAAAACCUGAUUUGCCAUUGUUGAUUUCUUUAUACAGCUCUCUGUGGGGUGGGCGUGAGGAUCUUGAUUACCAAUACAGCAAUGUAUUAUGUCCAAGAAUCCAGUUUGAGAUUAUUUGAGCUUUGUGACAUGGUGUGUUAUCCUGCUGGAAGUAGCCAUCAGAAGAUAGGUACACUGUGGUCAUAAAGGGAUGGACACGGUCAGCAACAAUACUCAAGUAGGCUGUGGUGUUUAAACCAUGCUCAGUUGGUACUAAGGGGCCCAAAGUGUGCCAAGAAAAUAUCCCCCACACCAUUACACCACCACCUGACAGGAGUAGCACCUGGUGAGGUCUUCUGCUGCUGUAGCCCAUCUGCUUCAAGGUUGGACGUGUUGUUGGUUCAGAGAUAUGGUUGUAACAAGUGGUUAUUUGAGUUACUGUUGCCUUUCUGUCAUCUUGAACCAGUCUGGCCAUUCUCCUCUGACCUCUGGCAUCAACAAGGCACUUUCACCCAGAGAACUGCUGCUCACUGGAUAUUUUCUCUCCUUCGGACCAUCCUCUGUAAACCCUAGAGAUGGUUGUGCGUGAAAAUCCCAGUAGAUCAGCAGUUUCUGAAAUACUGGCACCAACAACCAUGCCAUGUUCAAAGUCACUUAAAUCACCUUUCUUCCCCAUUCUGAUGCUCGGUUUGAACUUCAGCAGGUCAUCUUGAUCAUGUCUACAUGCCUGAAUGCAUUGAGUUGCUGCCACUUAAUUGGCUGAUUUGCAUUUUUGUUCUUUUAAAUCUGCUUUGUUCUUCUGCAUCUUUUUGACUUUUUUUUCCCACCAGUAUAGUGAAACAAGCACAUUUUUU